CUGCACAGCUGUGUGGGUGUGUAAGAGAACUAUGCUUGGAUGACAUAAGCCAUGAAGAGGCCACAAGCUUUUAGAUCAUACACUCUCCCCCCCCCUUCUCUCCCAACAGGCUGUGGAGAAUAAAAACUUUUGCUCCUGUUUUUGAUUAGCUGCAGUUUAGCAUUAUGUCAGAACUCUAAACCAUCAUAAUUUUUAACUGUGGUUUGUCAAAACAAGCUAACUUCAUAACCCAUGGAUUGAAGUUGGCUUGUUUCAAACAAGCUACAGUUGAACUUAAAUAUACUUUGUUGAGUUCAGAAAAAACUUCAUAUUGAAGUUAAUCAGAAGCUUCCAUCUCCUCAUGGCCAUGCUGCAGGAGGGGAGAGCAGAGGGAGAAAUGCACGAGCUUGAUGAUCACUGCAACUCAUUCCCAUCUUACUGACCAUGUGAGAGGGUUGGUGUUUUUUGAGCUUGCCUCCUUUCGCCAUAAUAGUGACACAUGAUCAGUCUCUUAAGUGACUAUGUGGCAAUGAUCAAAAUUCCUUCUGUUAUGGAAAGCAAGUAUGAUUCAGCAGCCUCAACCAAGGGUUCCUAAACAGUAGUAUGGAAGCUUCAUUCAGGUGGUCCAUGGCAUGUCUCUAAAAAUACAAUUAAAAAACAUACACCCACAGUCCAUUACAAUUGCUACAAUAAGCAGGAAAAACAUGUUGUGGUUCAUCAAGGCCUUCAGAAUUGUAAUGUCCAUGGAGGAAAAGGUUUGGGGACCAGUGGCCUAAACAGAAUGAAGUUGGAGCUAUUUCUAAUGGGGCAGUAACCAGGGAAGGUGAAGGGGAAAGUGCUUCCCAUCUGUCCUCCUCCUCUUCCAGCCCACCUGUUCCUCUAGUUUAUUACAUCUGAAAUGGCUUUCACAGUGCUCUAUUUGGCAAGCAGUUAACAAUGAAGUAGGAAACGUAAGCCCAAAGACGUUUGGUUAAAUCCAACUAAGUCAUACUUUGAGCAGAUCCAUUGAAAUCAAUGGACAUGACUCACUUAAGUCCAGCAGUGGCUCCAUGUCAGUGGGACAGUAGAAUCUGCCUUGGGUUUUAGUCCAGACUUUCAAGAGUCCAAACUUUCAGGAAGCUGUCCAAGGUGCUUCAGCACUGUCAUGGAGCCACCAACUGCCACUGCCGAAGUCCACUGAUUCCACUGGUUGUACCCUCACCUUUGGGCACGCUGGGUUAGGCUGAUGGAAGUUGGAAUCCAACAUAGGGAGGUCCAGAAGUUCCCCAUCCUUGAAGGGUGAAGCUCAUGCAUUUGGGAGCUAUAUGUGGCAGUGGCACUAGAGGAGGACAAAGUGGCAGCACUCCUGCUUUCCGGCAAGGUUGGGGAAGUUCUGAAUUGGUAGCAGUAACAGCACUGCAACCUGGACCUCCCCUGACUUUGCUGCUGCUGCCUCCAAUCCUAGUUUCAUUGGAAAGAAGGGCACCAUUGCCUUUCUCCCUCUGCCCAUGCGCUGCUGCUGGCAAGGUGCUACAUCCAUGUGGCUCCAUUUAGGGCUUCUGGUACAUGGCUUAGUCUGGAUCAUCUGAAAUGACACACUAAAAGUUUGUUUCAGAAUUACAAUAGCGGCCACCGUACAAUUGCUUCAGAUAACAAGCAAUAGUUUGCUUCACUUUGACAAUGAGCUACAAAACGAACCUACCUACCUACCUGGAUUUAAACUAAUUUAAAGCACAAUCUUCUGCAUAUCUAUCUACUCAAAGCAAAUCUAAUUGAAUGCCCAAAUAAGCAUGUUUACUGUUGCAGCAUUACCAUUUUCAGCCAAAGUUCUCCUUUUGUGGGGGAUGUAUUGAGUGGAUAUGUAUGUUAGCUAUCAGAAAAAAAUCAAACUGCUUCACAGUUUCAUUCUGUGAGCUGAAUACAUUCAAUUAAAAUGUAAUAAAUUCAUGAUUUAAUGCUCAUGCGUUAACAUUUUUUAAUUUGCCUAAAUCACCUCCUGCUCAUUAAUAAAAUUAUUCUGGAGGUCCAGAUCACUUCCCAGUAUACAUAUAAAAUAAAUGAUGACAGAGCUUUAAGAAUGGGUGUCUUGCUCUCAGCAACUAGCUUGAUUAUGCCAUCUUAACCUAUGUCAAAUUUGGAAUGCUAAGGUGAGUUUUCUGAUUGGCUUCAAUAUUGAUUUAUGUUUAUUUUACAAUGAAAACUUCUUGCAACUGACUUAAUGUUUGGCAGAGGCAUCUGAUGCUGGUGGAUUAGUGCUUUCUGUUUCAACUGUUUUAUGGAGAUCACACAUCAUUCUCAUAACCUUCUAGCCUCAAGUUGGAAAAAUGAAAGAAACAUGAAAAUGUUUCUUUUAUUAUUAUUACUAUUUAGGUCUUCUGUGGUUUUUAUCAGUUCUUCAAUACACUUGUAACGUCAGUGCCCAUGUUCCAAUUAGGCUUCCGUACCAGAGCUAUGGCUAAGUUAAAGAAAACGCUCAACUUUUGCAAGGCUGAGUGGGAUUCCCCCCCCCCCAUGUAUUUACAUAGAACAAACAAGAGGUGGAUUUCAGCGUGCAGGAGAUGGAAAACAGGAAGGACUGAGACAUGUUUUAUUUAUUUAUUUAUUUAAAAGCAUCUAUUUAUUUGGAGGCUUGAACCAUGGCAUUUGGAAUGUUGGCCCUGUUCCUUACCAAAUAAGGAUAUUGGAGUCUGUUCCGUCACCUUUAUUGAAUGCCCUUUGUCCAGCUGCCACAUGAAACUAGGAAUGCUUUUAAAAAUCAACAAAAAGACAGUUGGGGUGAGGAGAUUGCUUUAAUAAGAAGGCUAACUGCAAACUGAAAAAUCAUCUUCAAUAAGGACAGGAGCUUGAACUAGUAUUGUUUUCCAUGCUGAACACAAAGGGAAGAGGAAACCUGGGCCUCUUUGCUGUCCGAACUCUUAUCAUGAUCUUCCAUAUCUUCCUUGUCAUGCUGGUGUUUGGUGUGGGCAACUCCUCUGUUUCGAAUUUCUCAUCAUUGGAGGAACAGCUUUUCCAGUACAUUGAAGAACAUGAAAAUGAAUUUGUGCAGACUCUUGGGGAAUGGGUGGCUGUGCAGAGUGAUUCCAUACAACCACAUCUGAGACCAGAAAUAACACGAAUGAUAACAAAAGCUGCAGAGAAACUCAAAGCCAUAGGAGCAAAAGUCAAGUUGGCCAAUACAACCAUUCAGCAGGUGCCUGAUGAUGACCAGAAUAUUAAAUUGCCUUCUAUCAUUCUGGCGAAGCUGGGUGAAGAUCCACUAAAACCCACUGUGUGUUUUUAUGGACAUGUGGAUGUGAUGCCUGCCAAAAAGAAAGAUGGGUGGAAAACAGAUCCCUACACAUUGACUGAUAUUGGUGGUACAUAUACCACCAUUGCUUUUGACACUGUUAUCUUAACAGGAAAUCUUUAUGGGCGUGGAGCAACAGAUAACAAAGGACCUGUCCUAGCCUGGAUACAUGCAGUGAACACAUUCAAAGAAGUAAAGAUAGAUCUGCCAGUAAACAUCAAGUUUCUUAUUGAAGGCAUGGAAGAAGCAGGGUCCAUUGGACUAGAAGAAGUAAUUAAAAAAGAAAAAGAGCAAUUUUUCUCCGAUGUUGACUAUAUUGUGAUUUCGGAUAAUACUUGGCUCACCACAAAAAAGCCAGCUCUUACAUAUGGAACUCGGGGAAAUGCCUGCUUCUCUGUGGAGGUACAAGGUGGUGAAAAAGAUCUUCAUUCAGGAAGCGUAGGUGGCAUCGUCCAGGAACCCAUGUCUGAUCUGAUAGCCCUGCUUGACAGCCUUGUGGAUUCAUCAGGUCACAUACUGAUUCCUGGAAUCUAUGACGAUGUUGCUAACCUUACAGAACAGGAGAAAAAGCUGUAUGAGCCAAUAGAAUUUAACUUAGAGGAAUAUAAAGUUAAUAUUGGCAUCAAUAAAUUUCUCUAUGAUACUAAGGAGGAAAUACUUUUACACUUGUGGCGCUUCCCAUCUCUCUCUAUUCAUGGGAUAGAAGGAGCUUUUCAUGAAUCAGGGAUCAAAACAGUUAUACCAUCAAGAGUCAUAGGAAAAAUUUCAAUCCGGCAAGUCCCUCAUAUGAACCUUUCUACUGUGGAACGUCAGGUGAAGCAGCAUUUAAAAGAUGUAUUCUCUAAACGAAACAGCCCAAACAAACUGACAGUGUCUAUGCAAAUUGGUAUAUUGCCAUGGAUUACUGAUUUCAACGAUCCUCAGUUUAAAGCAGCUGAAAAGGCAAUCCAAAGAGUUUUUAAAAAGAAUCCAGAUAUGAUCCGGGAUGGAUCUACAAUUCCAACUGCCCAGAUAUUUCAGAAUAUAACAAAGAAGAGUGUGAUGAUGUUUCCGAUUGGAGCAGCGGACGAUGGGGAACACUCCCAAAAAGAGAAGAUAAGCAGAAACAAUUACAUUAAUGGAACAAAGGUAUUUGCCUCCUUUUUACUGGAGAUUGCAAAGCUCCAUAAGGAAUUACAUGAAGCCUCCAGUUGAAGAUUGCAACAUGAUGGCCCGUGAAACAAGUCAAGUAUGGUUAGACUACUGAUGCUGUACUUCUCUUAUGAAUUGUUACAAUGCCAGAGAAACUCCAAAGGUCUCUUCUAGACGUAGUUCCAAGACUGAUGGACACUUGUGUUACACGGCAACAUAUUUUUCUAUCCUUUUGAAUGCAUUUUCUCCUUUAAAUCUAUGUAUUUCAAUCAUUCCUAUAUCUGUUAUUGAACUGUGGAACACAAAUAUGCAUUCAUCUUAAUACAGGUGGGAUGUUCCCUGUUACAUUUUAAUGAUUGUUACUGAUAUAUUUCAAUGAUCGUAAACUGUUUUGUGAGAUAUUAUUCAGAAACGUGGUAUACUAUCUAAGCUUUUCAAAUAAAAUAAGAAGUUGUUUCCAGUGUC